AUGAGCGCCCUUCACAACACUGCGCCGCGCUUCCGAGCAGCAGGCGGCCCUUCGUCACAAUUGUCAACAGCUGUGCCCCCACCGUUUGCCCAAACGCUCGACCUUCCGCCGCGCCUCGCGCCUUCAUUGGCGACGCCUCUCGCUACCCCCUUAGCGACUCCCCUGGCGGCGCCCCCACCGCCUCCACUGCAUUUGUCCUCGACUCAGCCAGCACCGCGUAGCACCCACCGCUACGCGGGGGCCGACCACACGCUGGGCCCUACGUUCAGCGAGGAGGAAGACGGCGACGACUCGGACUACAUUGCCGCUAAGAUGGCUGCCCUCGGGUUUGAGCCAUCACGGUCAGGCUACUACCAGUCGCUACCCGUGGCCGAGCUGCAGCGCAAGGUGCAGACACAUCAGCAGGCACAUCAGCAGGCUCAGCAAGCCCGACAGAUUCUGCAGGCUCAGCAGCUGCAUCAGCUGCAGGUGCAGCGGGCGCAGCAGAGCGCGUCUGCCCUUCAAAGCCUUCUCCAGUCCAACGACCCCCAGGCGCUGCGUGAAGCUCUUGCCCUCAUCGAGCUGCAGCGUGCCCAGCAGGCUGCGACAACCCCGCCCAUGCACCUCGAGCGAGCUUACGCCGCACAGCUAGAGCUCGCAGCGCUUCAACAGCAGCAGCGGGCUGCUGCCGUUCAGCAGAGCCCAGCAUACCAGCGGGCUUUGCAGCAGCAGGUCCUCGCCCUCCAAGCGCAGUACACGGCGCAGCAGGGGCAGAGGCAGGCCCUCGCCGCCCAGCUGGAGGCCGGCGCUCUGCGCCGCGAGCGAGAGCGCGACCGUGAGCUGCGCGAGCGGGAGCGCACGCGCCCGAUGAGCCCAGAUGACGCCCGUGUGCGCGCCGCAUUCGAAAAUGGCCCUUCAAGUGGCUACUUCCCACCCAUCUCUCCCCCCGUCGACUCGGCCGCCGCUGCGGGGUGGACGACGACGUUGUCGCCUACUGCAAAAGUGGCGGCGGCACCCCAAAACAGCUCCGAGUGGCCCUUUGGCUGGAACCUGCCCUCCGCGCCUGGUCGCCAGUCCUCGAGCGGCUCGUCGAGCAGCACGAGACCAGCCUCCCCACCCGCCAUCACGACGUCACCGCCAACUUCGGCACCGCCUGCUGCGCUUGGGCGUUUCGCGCGUGCGCGUCAAGACCAGGCCGCGGCUCAGGCUGCCGUGCCUGGCGUUUCGCCUCUGGCCGCUUUACUGUCGCGUCGGAAGGCGACCGACGACGACGCGUUGUCCAUUGGCCCCGACACGGCUGCGACCUCGCCGCUCUCCGAGCACGGUCACCAAGGCCCCGUGAACGGCAGCACGCUGGGCCGUACGCCCAAGCCGCGCCAGUGGUCCACGGUGUCUGAGCGCGUCGUGGCGUCCGACUCGCUGUUCGUCAAGGAGCCCAUGUCGUACCUCGGCUUUGAGCGUAGCGCGGCGACGCGCUCGGCGUCCUUCUCGUCCUACUCGCGCGAGGAGGCCAAGAACAUGGCCCAGCAGGGCGCUGUCCCGGCGUCCUAUGUCAUCCGCCAGCCGUACGGCCCUCCCGGGUCCAUUGACGAGAUUGGCGACAAGAACUUUGCAACCCGCAUCCGCCGCAAGGCAGGGCUCAACCUCGGCAUGCUCAACCGCCGUACUGAGAGCGCCGAGGUCUGA